CAGUGUUUUGUUAUUGUUUUCAGGUGAAUGGAGAACUUCAGUACUUGCCUGUAUGUUUGUCGGGCGGCAAGGUCUCUGUAAAGCAGAGUGGAAGCUACGCUGUACUCACCACUGACUUCGGCCUGACUGUAAAAUAUGACUGGAACGUGAGGCUGUACAUCACAGUGCCAUCUUCCUACUAUCAACACCUCGGAGGCCUCUGUGGAAACUACAAUGGAGACAGGAGCGAUGACCUGCCUGAACCAAAUGGCGCCAGUCUCUCUGCUGUGCUGAAGAUGAUCCAGAAGUGGAAGUCCGAUGAAUCCGAUCGGUUCUGUAAUGAUAACUGUGCCGGGCACUGUCCCAUUUGUACAAAAGAGAUGCAAGCCCACUACAGCAAGCCCCACCUCUGUGGGAUUCUGUCAAAGUCAGAUGGGCCAUUUUCAGCCUGCUACGAUAAGGUCGAACCCUCCAUGUACCUGGAGAACUGUGUCUACGAUGUCUGUACCACUAAAGGUGCCAAACAGACUCUCUGUGAAAACCUGAAGAGUUAUGCUGAUGACUGCCUGUCAGAGGACGUGAAAGUUGACCCUCAGUGGAGAAUGAUUACCAAAUGCCUACCUAAUUGCCCCAAAGGUAGCCAUUAUGAGGCGUGUGGUACCCCCUGCCCUGCCACCUGCGUGUCCCCAGACAUCAACAAGCUGUGCAAAGGCUCCUGUGUGGAGGGGUGCCAGUGUGAUGAAGGAAUGGUGCAAAGUGGAGACAGGUAACACACAGACAGUCUUUAGUUA